AUGAGCCCUCUUGGUGCCUCCCUUCUCGCGCUGGUCGGCGUGGCCGCCGCGGCGAGCAUCACCACCAGUGAGCCUGCGCUCGCGGCCAUCCACGCGGCCGAGGCAACCACACUGCCGUCGUCUCCUACCUCGGAUGUCCAGGGUGUUGCGUUCAACCGCUUCUUCCAGAUCUGGCUGGAGAACACUGACUACAGCGCCGCUGCAGGUGACCCAAACCAGCAAUGGCUAGCCAGCCAAGGCAUCAAGUUGACCAACUACUUUGGCAUUGGUCACACCUCCGAGCCCAACUACUGUGCGGUCGCCGCUGGUGACAACUUUGGCAUGGACAAUGAUAACUUCCAUCAGAUUCCUACCAAUGUGUCGACAGUGGCCGACCUGUUGAACACCAAGGGCAUCUCCUGGGGCGAGUACCAGGAGGCCAUGCCCUACCCGGGCUUCCAGGGCUACAACUACUCCAACCAGGAGACGUAUGCCAACGACUAUGUGCGCAAGCAUGACCCGUUGAUCUUGUUCGACCAGAUCACGAACAACGACACCGCGCUGAGCCAGAUCAAGAACUUCACUAGCUUCUACGACGACCUCAAGAACGAGAAGCUUCCCCAGUGGGCCUUCAUCACUCCCAACAUGACCAACGACGCUCAUGACACCAAUGUUACCUUUGCCUCCGAGUGGCUGCGUGGAUUUGUCACGGAGCUCAAGAGCAACACCUACUUCUGGGAUAACACGCUUUUGCUUCUGACUUUUGACGAGAGUGAGACCUACGCGUUGCAGAACCGUGUGUUUAGCGUUCUGCUCGGUGGCGCGGUCCCAGCUGACUUGGUGGGCACCACGGAUGAUACCGUCUACACCCACUACUCCGCCAUUUCUUCUGUGUCUGCCAAUUGGGGCCUGCCUUCUCUUGGUCGCUUUGACUGCGGUGCCAACAUCUUCCAGGUGGUGGCCAACAAGACUGGCUACACAAACUGGGCGGUCGACCCCUCGUCCCUUUACCUCAACGAGUCCAUGCCUGGCCCGCUGUCCCUGGGUGAAUACUCUAAGUACGAGUCCACCUGGGCUGUGCCUACCACUGACGCCAUGUGCGCCGGCGGCCACGGUAUCCUGCAGGCUGUGAUUGAUACGUACAAGGGUCAGAACCCCACCUUCAACUACACUGCGCCCUUCCCGUAUGACACCUCCGCCGGCCUUGGUCUCGGCGUGUCGUUCUCGCGAAAUGGUACUACUUACGUCUCUGGUCUCAACGACACCACAUCGACCUCCACCACCACCACCUCUAGCUCCGCCAAGCCCUCUGCCAGCAAGGGUGCUGCCGCUCUCCUGACCCCAUCCAUGGGAAGCGGGCUGGUUGCGGUCCUCCUGGCUGGUCUGGGUCUGAUGGCUUAA